AUGGAAACCGUGCUGACAGACAGGACGAAUGGCAAGGCUCCUGCAAAGAGUGCAAAGAGGGGCUCCAAGGCUUUGCUAGAGGCUGCGGCCCCCAAGGUGAAAGCCCUCCCGACCCACGUGAACCUCACCGACAUGCUGCCUGUUCUGGCAGAGGAUGCAAAGAACGUCGCACAGAUGGACCUGGGGUUCAUAGUCGCCUUUGGCGCAGUCACGCAGCUCAUCUUGAAUGGCGCCGACUCCAUGGAGUUUGACCGCUACAUCGAGGCGUGA